CCACAGACACAACUGGACAACUCUAGACACACAGGCUCGAGUUUUCUGCGGCUCUGUCCUGACUCUGUCCUGACUCUGUCCUGACUUUGUCCCGGCUCGGUCCUGGCUCGGUUCGGUCCAGUUUUAUUCCUGUGGUGCGUGUCGCUGGUGUCAGCCUGAUCGGUUUAUGGCUGUGCUCCUCAGGAGGACUCUCCUCUCCGUCUUCCAUCGUGCCACCGGGCAAGGCAUCGUAUCUGUGCACGCUGCGCCCUCUGCUGGCCUCUUAGGAGCUCGCCGCACGAAGAAGACAUGGCCCGUGACGUUCACCAAAGAGGAGCUGAAGGAGCGACUCACCCCGAUGCAGUACCACGUCACCCAGGAGAGGGGGACAGAGAGUGCGUUCACGGGGGAGCUGACGUUUAACAAAGAGGACGGCACGUACAGCUGUGUGGUGUGUGGAGCGCCGCUCUUCAGCUCCAAAACCAAAUUCGACUCCGGCUCAGGCUGGCCGUCCUUCUAUGACCUCCUCGCCAAAGACGCCAUCGACCAGACGGACGACUUCACCUACGGCAUGCACCGCGUGGAGACCAACUGUGCACAGUGCGGCGCUCAUCUGGGGCACGUGUUUGACGACGGACCCAGGCCCACGAGAAAACGCUACUGCAUCAACUCUGCCUCUCUGACCUUCAGCCCCGAGACCCAGAACCAGGACCCCCACACCCCAAAGACCGGCCCGGGACCCCACGCCCCGGAGGAGGCCCCGGAGGAGGCCCCGGAGGAGGCCCCGGAGGAGGCGGCGCUCGGAGGUGAAACGGCGGGCGGAGAGAAGAAGGAGCUCUGAAAAGUGGUGUUGGCUCGGGGUUUGUUUUAAACAUUCCUGACGAGUUUGAAGAGAUUUUCUGGAGUGAAGACGAUGAAAGUUCAGCCUAAAGUUUGGACGCACAUUUACAUUUAAAGUGAAACACUAAAUCCACUUUUGUCACUAAACUGUGUGACCUCUGCAAUUAAAGUACUACGUGACAUCACACAGGACUCUAAUGCCCCAUAGAAGUGAAAACACAAACACUGAGUCCAAACUUCAGUCUGAUAAAGUUUUAGUUUGGUAUAUUUUGGUGUAAAUCCUGUUUAUUUUGCAGUGCAGACGUUGCCGUGGUAACUCGAGGGUUAAAUCCCAGCUCGUGGCAUUACACACAGUUGUCGUGUGUCUCCGGGCAGGACACUUUGACCCUGAAGUGGCUCAGACUCUUUGGCGCUGGCGUUGCUAUAGUAACCACACUUUGGACAAAGCUCAUUGGUGACACGUUGAGAUUUGGUGAUUUUCACGUCGGCGCC